UACUAAGGACGAAGAGGAAGAGAUUAAACUGGAAAUCAAUAUGCUGAAGAAAUAUUCUCAUCACAGAAAUAUUGCCACUUACUAUGGUGCUUUCAUCAAAAAGAGCCCUCCCGGUCAUGAUGACCAGCUCUGGCUUGUAAUGGAGUUUUGUGGUGCUGGCUCGAUCACUGACCUGGUGAAGAAUACAAAGGGGAAUAGUCUAAAAGAAGACUGGAUUGCUUAUAUCUCUCGUGAAAUCUUGAGGGGUUUGGCACAUCUCCAUGCUCACCACGUGAUUCACAGAGAUAUUAAAGGACAGAAUGUGCUGCUAACCGAGAAUGCAGAGGUGAAGCUCGUGGAUUUUGGUGUCAGUGCACAGCUGGACAGGACAGUUGGUCGAAGGAAUACUUUUAUUGGUACACCAUAUUGGAUGGCCCCUGAAGUUAUAGCUUGUGAUGAGAAUCCAGAUGCCACGUAUGAUUACAGGAGUGAUCUUUGGUCCUGUGGUAUUACAGCUAUUGAGAUGGCAGAAGGGGCUCCCCCUCUUUGUGACAUGCAUCCUAUGAGAGCACUGUUCCUUAUUCCCAGAAAUCCACCUCCUCGGCUAAAAUCAAAGAAAUGGUCAAAGAAGUUUUUUAGUUUUAUUGAAAGCUGUCUGGUUAAAAAUUACGUGCAACGCCCUCCAACAGAACAGCUGUUAAAACAUCCAUUUAUAAGAGACCAGCCUAAUGAGCGACAAGUCCGUAUCCAGCUGAAAGACCACAUAGAUAGGACCAGGAAGAAGAGAGGGGAGAAAGAUGAAACAGAGUAUGAAUACAGUGGAAGUGAAGAGGAGGAAGAGGAAGUGCCUGAGCAGGAAGGAGAGCCAAGCUCAAUUGUUAAUGUGCCUGGGGAAUCCACCCUUAGACGUGAUUUUCUGAGACUACAGCAGGAGAACAAGGAGCGUUCUGAAGCCUUACGAAGGCAGCAGCUGCUGCAGGAGCAACAACUAAGAGAGCAGGAGGAGUACAAGAGGCAACUACUGGCAGAGAGACAGAAACGUAUAGAGCAGCAAAAAGAGCAAAGAAGGCGCCUUGAAGAGCAACAAAGGAGAGAGCGAGAGGCAAGGAGGCAACAAGAAAGAGAGCAACGGAGGAGAGAGCAGGAAGAAAAGAAGAGAAUGGAGGAGAUAGAAAGAAGACGUAAAGAAGAAGAAGAACGUAGAAGAGCUGAGGAAGAGAAAAGACGUGUAGAAAGAGAACAGGAGUACAUUAGACGACAGCUGGAAGAGGAGCAAAGGCACUUAGAAAUCCUUCAACAGCAGCUGCUUCAGGAGCAGGCCAUGUUACUGCCCCCGCAGCAGCAGCAGCAACCCCAGCCUCAGCAGCCCCCUAUGCCACAGCAAGACAGGAGCAAGCAGAGUUACCAUGCCCCAGAGCCUAAAGCCCACUAUGAACAGGCUGAACGUGUGCGAGAGGUACAAUGGUCUCAUCUGGCAUCCCUCAAGAACAAUGUUUCCCCUGUCUCGCGAUCCCAUUCCUUCAGUGACCCUUCUCCCAAAUUUGCACCUCAUCAUCUACGUUCUCAGGAACCUCACCCACCCCCCCGCAGUGAUGUUCUAAGUCAAAGUUCUGACCCUAAGUCUGAGGCUCCUGAGCCCAACCAAAGGGUUUGGGCUCGAUCAGACAGUGAAGAGGUGCCUCCAAGGGUGCCUGUAAGGACAACAUCAAGAUCCCCUGUGUUGUCUCGAAGAGAUUCCCCUCUGCAGGGCAGCGUGCAACAGAAUAACCAGGCUGGACAGAGGAAUUCCACAAGCAAUAUCGAGCCCAGGUUGCUUUGGGAGAGGGUAGAGAAACUUGUGCCCAGACCGGGCAGUGGCAGUUCUUCCGGGUCAAGUAACUCUGGUUCUCAAGCAGGAUCACAUCCAGGAUCUCAGAGUGGAUCAGGAGAGCGCUUCCGCAUGAGAUCAUCAUCAAAAUCAGAAGGAUCACCAUCCCAGCGUCCUGAGAAUACAACCAAAAAACCUGAUGAGAAAAAAAGAUACUGGAAGACCGGGCAAGCCUUCUGUAAGAAAGAUUUGACUGCUUUGGCAAAAGAACUUCGAGCUGUGGAAGAUGUACGGCCUUUGCAUAAAGUAACAGACUAUUCUUCAUCCAGUGAAGAUUCUGGCACAACAGAUGAGGAGGAUGAUGACAUGGAGCAAGAAGGAGCAGAUGAAUCAACCUCUGGUCCUGAGGAUGCCAGAGCGAUGUCCUCACUGAAUCUGAGUAAUGGAGAGACUGAAUCUGUAAAAACAAUGAUUGUCCAUGAUGACGUGGAGAGUGAACCUGCCAUGACUCCUUCCAAAGAAGGCACUUUAAUCGUCCGACAGACUCAGUCAGCAAGUAACACCCUCCAGAAACACAAAUCUUCCUCCUCCUUCACACCAUUUAUUGAUCCUCGGUUACUACAAAUAUCUCCGUCCAGUGGUUCAACUGUGACUUCAGUGGUGGGAUUUUCCAGUGAAGCGCUGAGGCCAGAUGCUAUGAGACAAGAUCCUACACGGAAAGGAUCAGUUGUUAAUGUUAAUCCCACGAACACAAGGCCACAGAGUGACACACCUGAGAUUCGCAAAUACAAGAAGAGAUUUAACUCUGAGAUAUUAUGUGCAGCUCUGUGGGGGGUUAACUUGCUGGUGGGUACUGAAAGUGGAUUGAUGCUGCUGGACAGGAGCGGUCAAGGAAAAGUGUACCCCCUCAUCAACAGAAGACGCUUCCAACAGAUGGAUGUCCUUGAAGGCCUCAAUGUUUUGGUUACUAUAUCAGGAAAGAAGAACAAGCUGCGGGUGUACUACUUAUCAUGGCUGAGAAACAAGAUCCUUCAUAAUGAUCCAGAAGUAGAGAAGAAGCAAGGGUGGACAACUGUAGGGGAUCUGGAGGGCUGUGUGCACUAUAAAGUUGUAAAAUAUGAGCGCAUCAAAUUUUUGGUAAUUGCUUUAAAAAGUUCAGUGGAAGUCUAUGCCUGGGCACCAAAGCCAUACCACAAGUUUAUGGCCUUUAAGUCAUUUGGAGAUUUGGUACACAGGCCACUGUUAGUUGAUUUAACAGUUGAAGAAGGACAGCGGUUGAAAGUGAUCUAUGGUUCCUGUGCUGGGUUUCAUGCUGUGGAUGUGGACUCGGGAGCAGUCUAUGACAUCUAUCUACCGACGCAUAUCCAGAGCAGUAUCCAGCCACAUGCUAUCAUCAUCCUCCCAAAUACAGAUGGCAUGGAGUUACUAGUUUGUUAUGAAGAUGAAGGAGUUUAUGUCAAUACAUAUGGCAGGAUCACCAAAGAUGUGGUUCUUCAAUGGGGAGAAAUGCCUACAUCAGUUGCUUAUAUCCGAUCUAACCAGAUAAUGGGAUGGGGCGAGAAAGCCAUUGAAAUUCGAUCUGUAGAAACUGGCCACCUUGAUGGAGUAUUUAUGCAUAAAAGGGCACAAAGACUAAAAUUUCUGUGUGAAAGAAAUGAUAAGGUUUUCUUUGCUUCCGUACGGUCUGGUGGAAGCAGUCAAGUGUAUUUCAUGACCCUUGGCAGAAGUUCUCUUCUGAGCUGGUAA